AUGGAUAGUUACAACACAGCUGAACACGACAACAUAGAUUUUGAAAUAUCACUAUACUUCUACAGGGAAAAAUUGUGCAAAGUAGAAAAAUACAUCGAAGUCGCGAAAAUCCAUCAAAAAGAACGUCUGAUGAUAACAACAUAUUAUAUUCUGGCCGUUGGGGUUACCUGGAUACUAACCUUGUUUGUACCUUCCAAUACAACAUCAAUUGCUGCGUUUGCUGAAUCUUCUACAAUAGUUUCUUUGUUUUUUAUUGGGAGUCUCAUCACUUGGAAAUACUCAACCGAAGGACGACAAGAUACAACAUACAAGAAGAAAUAUAUCUGUGUUGCACUUUGUUAUAUCACCGCGAUAGGGGUUUGCGGGUAUUUGGCAGUCAAGUUACCUCCUGACACAGCAGUAAUGAUGGCAUUCACGGCACCGUCGAUAUUGGUUUUUCUAUGUUCCCUUCCAAAACUCGUUGAUUGGGUUGCUGAAAUUGUGAUAAUCAAUAUGUCAUAUGAUCUACUUCCGUGA